AUAUAUGAAAUAUGGAAUGGAGCUUUGAAGAAAAUUAUAAUUUCCAGUUUGUCAACCAUAAAAAAAUAUUAAAUUGCUUUGAACAAAAUUUGUAGGCACUUCCAAUUAAAUCAAGCAAUUUAAGAGGGGCAACAUCAUGUGCAGGUAGGCCUUCAAGGACUGCUCAACUAACAACAAAAUCUAUAUAUAUUCAGACAUCAAAAUAUUGUAGUUAUAUCACCGAAAAGGCACUUGCUAGUGAUUGGUGGACAGUCAAGAAAGAAAGUUCAUCCAUAGCCACUCAAUUAUGGUCCACAAAUCACCAAGGGAAGGCAACUUCACAUUUUUAUUCAGACAUGCAGCAUUUCAUAUCUCCUCCUUGUCUGCUAAGCACAUGGCUCUGCUGCAUCUCAAUCACCAUCAACAGAGCUAUUGGAUUUCCACAACUCUUUUUUCUCUAGCCUAUAAGUAGAUGGCCUCAAUGACUCUAGUGUCCAAAUGCCAUUGCAACAUCUCUAAGGUAUUGUAUUUUAACCAAUCAGCAAGUCAUGCUUAGUGCAAGGAGACUCCUUGAGAUAACAAGGAAGUGGCAGAAGAUGGCUACCUUGGGGAGGAAAAGAAUCUCAUGGCCAAGAAGGGCUGCUUCUACAGAGUCCAAAUCAAAGAGUACAUCAAUUGCAGACAGAGGCCACUUCAUUGUGUAUUCCACUGAAGGAAAAAGAUUCGCAGUUCCCUUCUUUGAUACUAAAAUGUUCCAACUCACAAUGAUAUCUCAACAUUCAAAUUACCUAGCAAGCAAGUUCUCCAUUAAAUGCCGGGUCAUGGAGGCAAGUGCUGAGCUCCAGAACAUUAACAACAAAGAUGACAAAUUACUUCACAUGCUUAUCCAUAUAAACUUCAAAGCACAUGAUCCAAUGUAG